AUGGGAGACUUGAUGAAAAGACAAUUUGACGUAUUAGACUUGUCUGGACAUAAUUAUCUUGAAUGGACAGUUGAUGCCCAAAUGAAUUUAAAGGCUCAGGAAUUGGAACAUACAAUCAAAGAAAUUACCAUCCCAGGAAACGAAAAAGAUGUCCCUGCUCAAGUUAAAGUUCCUACUGAUCAAGAGAAAGCAAAAGCUAUAGUUCUCAGGCAUCAUUUACAUAACAGUUUAAAAACUGAGUAUUUAAUGGUGGAAAAUCCCAAAGAACUAUGGGAUAGCCUGAAAGGAAGAUAUGACCACCACAAAAGGGUACUACUUCCUUCAGCACAGUUUGAGUGGACAAACUUGAGAUUUCAGGAUUUUAAAUCUGUCAGUGAUUAUAAUUCAUCACUAUAUAAAAUUGUAUCAAUAUUGAGAUACUGUGAUCAACCAGUCACUGAAGUGCAAAUGAUAGAGAAAACACUCUCUACAUUCCAUGCUAACAACAUUGUAUUGCAACAGCAAUACCGUGAAAGAGGCUUUAAUAAUGAUCUUCUGUUGAAGAAUCACAACCUAAGACCAACUGGGUCUCAAGCAUUCAAUGAGACAAAUGCUGUAGAAAGCUCAAAUCCACCCGAGACAAAUGUUGCUCAUAGAGGUGGACGUGGAAAAUAUAAUAACCGUGGCAGAGGUCAUGGAAAUUUCCGCGGACGUGGCCGUGGAUGUGGUCAUGGCCGUGGUAGAGGCCAUUUCUCCCCCAGAAACAACACUCAAAGGGGGCAUCAACAAGGAAACAAAAAUCAAGCCACUACAAAAGGAAAGGACACAUGUUAUAGAUGUGGCAUGACUGGACAUUGGGGACGUACUUGUCGUACGGCCAAAAAGUUGGUAGAACUUUACCAGGCUUCCAUUAAAGGGAAAUAA